AUGGACGCAUUAUAUGCAGCUUCAGUGCAUAGUUCCUUCAGUAAUGACGAUUCAACCCUCACCUAUUGUUUCAGUGGUAUAACCAUAAUGUGUAUUCUUAUAUUAUGUGUAAACUUGGUGGCAAUUACCCAUGCUGCCUUGCCUACUCCUGAGCUAUACUGGAAGUCCAUGCUUCCCACUACUCCAAUGCCUAAAUCUAUUGCAGAUCUCCUUCACCCACCUCAUGAGUAUUGUGACCGUGGGAAGGCAAUAUCAUGCCAUCGUCCUUGUCCUGGUCCUGCUCCCUUUGAGUUAGUUUAUUAUGGUCGUCCUCAGGGUAACUUUGAGACCAAACUCCAACGUAACCCCAACACAGCUCGCUUGUUCUUGGAAAAGGAUUUGAAGGCUGGUCACAAAAUGAACUUUUUCUUCACGCGGUCCUCCAAGAAAGCAUCCUUCCUGCCUCGUCAAGUCGUCAAAUCCAUUCCUUUUUCUUCAACCAAGGUAUACCUAGCGAAGAAGACAAUUAAACAGUGCGAGGAGCCGGCGAUUACAGGAGAGGAGAAGUAUUGUGCAACAUCCUUAGAAUCCAUGCUUGAUUAUACCAUUAUGAAGCUUGGCAGAAACGUGCAAGCUUUGUCUACGGAUGUGAAAAAGAAGGAAACAAAGAAGCAACAAUACACAAUAAAGAAUGGGUUGAAGAAGGUGGGAGAGGCAAAUGUGGUGGUAUGCCGCAAGCUCAAUUAUGUGUAUGCUGUGCUUCUCUGUGACAAAAUGGAGAACGCAGUUGCCUAUACGGUGUCGUUGGAGGGGGCCGAUGGCAGCACAGUGAAAGCUGUGAGUGUGUGUCACAGAGACACAUCGCAGUGGAACCCGAAACAUUUGGCCUUCCAAAUGCUGAAAGUAGAACCAGGGGGUGUCCCAAUAUGCCACUUCCUUCUUCAAGACUCCAUUGCGUGGGUUCCCAAACAAAACUAA